UUUACGUCGCGUAGCGCAACACUGUGCGUAACUCUGCAGACCAUCGAGGAGGGACUUGUACGUAAACCCUUAGUUUUCAAGGGUGUCUCCAUGAACAAUCUGAAUGAUCCUCCUAGAUGGAAUAUAAGGCCAGACCCACAUGGAGGUGCUGAUGGAAGCAAAUGGAACUAUGCUCUUCUUGUGCCAAUGCUCGGCCUCGCUGCCUUUCGUUGGAUCUGGACUCGAGAGUCCCAGAGGCAGAUCCAGCAAAUUAAGGUCCAGUAUGACCGGGACAUGGCCACUCUUGCUAGGGACCUGGAGCUCAAGUACAAAGACACGCUGACUGAGAACCGCCGGACAGCUGCCCUGCUUGAGCUGGAGCUGGAGAAGGAGCGGCAGAGGGUGCAGGGCUACAGAAAGGCCCUGGUCAGUCAGAGCCAGCAGCUCCUGGAGGAGCGCAAGCAGCUGCAAAGAGAGCGUGAGGAGUUGGAGAAGGAAAAGAGGCGCGCCCUGCAGUCUGGAGCUGCUGGGAUAGCCUUGAAUGGGGCUCUACAGCGGGAAGAACGAUGGCAUCAGAGAGCCACGGCUCUGCUGCAGGAGCUGGAGCUCCAGCUGGUGGAGAGACAGGAAGCCUUCUGCAGCUUGCUGGUUCCCAGGGAGCGCCGGCUGGAGAUGGAGAAGAACCUGCUGCUCAAGGUGGCCAAGGACCCCUUGGGGGCUGAGCUAGGGUCUUGAGGAGGACUCAGGGACAUAUUUAAGAAUGACAGGCACUGUGCAGACUUGCUGAACAUGGACAAAAAGAAAAACGGCAAGCUGAUGUGGCUCUAUCUCAGGUACUGGCAGCUGCAGGUCACCCUGCAGAAGCACAAGAGAGCAGAGGAGGCGCUGAAAGGGACGAUGGGUAAUGUGAAGUGCCCUUGAUGCUGUAGAGCAGGGUCCUCUAUGUCAGUCCAGUAGAUUUUGGUGAUCGCCGUGCUCAAAAAUGCCAGAUUCAGCUUGGUUUAUUUCCAGGUUAAUUGGUGUGUUAGAGUAGGGAAAUUGCAAAAUUGGGCUGGACGGCUAAAUUACAAUCUUAAAAAUAAAGGUGCCAAAAACUUUGGAGUAAUGCCGCAGAGCAGAGGUCUUCAGAUCAGUAGUUAAAGGAAAUUUAAUUUUAAGAACUUUUUACCAAGUUUGCCCAAUGUUUUCACUACCCCAGAUGUAUUUGGCGUAGGGCUGAAAGAUUCAUCGUUUUAUAUCGAAAUCGCAAUUUAAGACAAUUUGAACGCAACUUAAAAAAGUUCUUAAAAAAAGAUGGUUCUUUAGUAAAG